AUGCCAAGCUUCGAUCCCUCUCCCCGAGCUGCCAAACGGCAGAAGACUACUUCAGACGACUCAAGUUUACUCUUUACCUCUCGAGUCUUACGGACAGUGAAGCAAGCUGUCUCCGGAAAAGCUUCGGGUCCCAAGAUCAACGAUGUCUUCAACGAGACAAAGUUGAUGGAGAGCGGUGAGGAUACCCCAGGGACAGCUGUCAAGAAUACCCGUGGACAGAAGUCGAAUGGCAAAGACGCACUACAACAAAAAUCUGGUGGGAAGAAAGCAGUAUCGGCCCCAGUGAUAGGUCAUAUGCUACUUGAGCAUGCGAAGGAUGAAAUAGAUGAGCUGGAUGGGGAGGUGGAGGGCACCCCGAGUAGGGGGGGCCGACGAAAGGUCAAUGAGAGAAGCCAGGAGCAAUCGAAGACCACGGAGCUUUCAGAGACAUCUACGAAGAAGAAGAGAAUGAAGUAUAAAGGCUGGGUAGAGAUCGAAGAACCGGAUGAGCUGCAGGGAGAAACUGGGCCCGGUGAUGCUAGGGACUCGGACAAUGCUUUGGGAGCCGACCAUCUCGAUUCCGGGAAACGCCUGUCUGAAGCUGUCCGGAAGGCCACCAGGGCUAUAAAGCGAGCCAAAGAGCUGGAGAUAGACAUGCGUGACCAACCAGGCACCGGGACUCCAAGUGGCAGGUUACAUCGGAAGUUAGGGCGGCUCUCUGAUGGGGACGACAACGCUGCGAAAGCAGCGUCUGUUACUACAACGAGCUUGCGCCGGAACCAGGGUCAGCGAAAGCAGCCCCUGAAAACGGCUACCGUCUUGGAGGAUAAUAAGGGUGAGGUGGAAGACCCAGGCUUUGGGAAGAUGCCUACGAGGAAGGCGUCUGUUGAUGACCUCGCUCAAGGGCAUCGAACGGAUGAGCUUGAUCAUACGCAACCACUAGAUACCCCCUCUAGAAAGUCAAGAAAGAAGCGCAAGGAUCCGGCGCCCGCGAUGGCAAAUGGAGAGUCGUCACUCUCAAGAAUAUCGCCAGUGUCGGCGUUAGAUGGCUCGACUAAGGACGAUGGGACCAAAGUCCUGAGUGACGAUGCGAAAGCACUCCAGAAAUUGCUACAAGAUGAACCUGAACUGCUCACCAUGCUCCAAACCCGGAUACUUGAGAGCCUGACAGGCAAGCGACGUCUGCCGUUAGUGAACUUGGAAAACGAAUACCGGAAGGUCCAUCAAUUGGUCGAGCAGACAGUCCUAGCCGGCGAAGGGAACUCAAUGCUUAUUACCGGAUCUCGGGGAAGUGGCAAGACGACUUUAGUCGAGACUGCCAUCUCAGAGGUCGCUUCUGAUCAUCGUGACGAAUUCCACGUGGUACGACUAAACGGUUUCAUUCAUACAGACGAUAAGCUCGCUCUUCGCGAAAUCUGGCGCCAGCUUGGCCGAGAAAUGGAGGUGGAAGACGAUGUCUUGGGUGGUAGAAGUAAUUACGCAGAUACACUGGCUUCGUUACUGGCAUUACUUUCUCAUCCUGCCCAACAAAUGGAAGAUGAUGAUGCUGCUACUGCCAGAUCUGUCGUCUUCAUCCUUGAUGAGUUUGAUCUCUUCGCCUCUCACCCACGCCAAACCCUUCUUUACAACCUUUUUGAUGUCGCCCAAUCACGCAACGCUCCAAUUGCCGUUCUGGGCUUGACAACAAAAGUCAACGUCGUUGAUAGUCUUGAGAAACGAGUAAAAAGUCGUUUCGGACAACGCUACGUCCACCUCUUACUCCCACGAAGCUUUACCGCCUUUCAAGAGAUCUGUAUCUCAGCCUUGUACUACCAGUCUUCCGCCCAGCAUCGACUCCUGGGCAGCAACGCGGCUCUCCAAAAUCUCUCCAUGGCCUGGAAUGCCUACCUCGUGCACCUCUUUGCUACCCCCCAGGUCGAUCAAUUUCUGCAGACACUCUAUACGUCCAGCAAGUCUGUCGCUGCCUUUCUCUCUGCCUCUCUCCUUCCAAUCGCCACCAUGUCAGCCGUCAACAUACCUACAGCUUCAUCCUUCAUCUUUCAUUCUCUCCAACCUCCUGACAGCAAACUCGUCCUCUUUUCCUCCCUCUCUACGCUUGAGCUCUCUCUUCUCAUUGCCGCAGCCCGUCUAGACAUCAUCCUCGACACCGAUGUGUGCACUUUCAGCAUGGUGUAUGAAGAAUAUGUCGCUCUAGCCAGCAAAUCAAAACUGCAAUCUAGCGCUGCAGGGCAGAUGGCUGUGGGUGGAGGAGCGAGAGUGUGGAGCAAGGAUGUUUCCAAAGGAGCAUGGGAGCAUUUGUCGAGUUUGGAGCUUGUGCUGCCUGCUGUGGGUGCAGGAAGGGGAGGAGGAAGGGGGGAGAUGUGGAGGGUUGAUGUUGGGUUGGAGGAAAUCGGUGUGGGGUUGGAGGGAGUCGAUGUGCCUGGGAAGGCAGGGCUAGGCAAGUGGUGUAAAGAGAUUUGA